AAGUGAAGCUUUGGACGUGGAUCGACAGCUUGGAACUGCAGUCGGACACGCGCGCGUUAAGUGUCUAUUAUGCAAAACCCUAUGUUAUGAAUUACUUCGCAUCAUACCGGACCCGUUAAUGAAUGAAGUGUUUUUUUAUCUGGGAGAUACAAAACAUGGACAGUUCUCGCAGUGUAUUACGGCUGGUGAAUCCACGCGCACCGGAGCGCCCGCGCGCGCAGCACAUAGUUGGCUGACGCUUCGGAUUCUUCCUCAGUUACUUUUCGACCGUCAGCUUGUCUCUGUGCAUCGGUACCUUUGCUCUCUGGCAGCUGCUGAAUCUGCUGAAAUGGAUGUGUCUAAACAAAUGCUGAUUUUAUACCUCACCUGCUCGCUCGGACCUAUGCUGUCUGUCCAGAUGUGUGAGGUUAUGUGGGAGCUGGAAGCGGAGAAAAGGGAGUGUUUGUCCAAGCUGGAAAACAUCACGUCAGGUUGCACAGGUGAAUGGGAUCUGGCGUGUUGGCCAUCAGCUCGGAUUGGAGAAGUUGUCACCAUCCCCUGUCCAAACUACUUCAGCCACGUCAGUGAUCAGAUAGGAAACAUAUCAAAGAGCUGUACUGCUGAUGGCUGGACGAAAAUAAACCCAGUUGUGGUUGCGUAUAACUGUGGAUAUGACCCCAAUAUCACGGAAGAUGGAAACGUGGGUGAUUUCCUAAGCUCUGUGAGAAUUGGAUACACUAUUGGUCACACUGUGUCUCUUAUAUCCCUCAUUAUCGCUAUCAUCAUCUUGUGCUUCUUCAGAAAACUCCACUGCACAAGAAACUACAUCCAUAUUCACCUGUUCAUGUCCUUUAUUCUGAAGGCGGUGGCCGUAAUCAUGAAGGAUGUAGUUCUGUACGAGGUGGAGGAACCUGAUGAAUGCCACUAUGGAUCUGUGGGCUGCAAGGCUACGGUGGUUUUCUUCCAGUACGGAGUCAUGGCCAGUUUCUUCUGGUUGCUGGUGGAGGGUCUGUAUCUGCACGCUCUGCUGGCCGUUUCCUUCUUCUCUGAGAGGAAGUACUUCUGGUGGUACAUCCUCAUUGGAUGGGGAGUUCCAGGUGUCUUCAUCACAAUCUGGAGCAUCACCAAAGCUUAUUUACAUGACAUCGGAUGCUGGGAUUUUAUUGACGACGAUCUGUGGUGGAUUAUAAAAACCCCUACUUUGAUCACAAUAUUGAUGAACUUUAUUCUCUUCAUUUGUAUCAUUCGGAUUCUUCGUCAGAAAAUCAGCUGUCGAGAUAUUGGGAGAAACGAAUCCCACCAGUACUCGAGACUGGCCAAGUCAACUCUUCUUUUGAUUCCACUUUUUGGCAUAAACUACAUAAUCUUUGCCUUUAUGCCUCAUCACUUCCAGUCUUACAUACGUCUGGUGUUUGACUUGAUCCUGGGGUCUUUUCAGGGAUUUUGUGUCGCUGUCCUGUACUGUUUUCUAAAUGGAGAGGUUCAGUCUGAGAUUAAGCGUAAAUGGAGGCGAUGGCACAUGCAGAGGUUUCUGGGAGCAGACACCAAAUACCAUCAGCCCUCGACGGCGAGCAACGGCCUCAACUUCAGCUCCCAAAUCACCAUGAUGACCAAAAGCAGCCCCAGCACCCGCCGAGCCUCAGCAUGCCAGGAUGACUUCUCAGCUGUCUGAUCGAAGCGGUGCUGUCUGUGACUAUACAUGGAAACUGAAGGCAUUUUCACCAUCCUCAGGCGUCGCUCCUGGAGGAACUGCUCAGAUCGUGAGGAAAAGCACACAGAUCCAGGCUCAUGGUGAUAGUUUGACAUGUGAUGCAUCUCAUUUCAUCCACAUUUAUCAGGAGGAAGUAUGAAAAUUAGGCAGACUGGUUUGAUGAUUUCUUCAGACUACUGAACUGCAGUCAGAGCACGGGUAUUUGCUCAAGAGUUUAAGGUGAGACACUGCAGGCGAAUGGGGUUCAGAUAAGUAACUAAUAGUAAUUAUUAUACUUUCCCGGUUCAUUGAUAACAUGAAGAACCACAAUUUUUUUCAAUAAUUAAAAAUACAAAUGUUUUCUAAAAUGGUACUUUGUAUUUUUUUAGUUUGAUGAGGCUAAUGAGGCUAAUAACUGCAAAAAUGUCUGUAUUUAUGAAAAAAAAACCCACCCCUUUCACCAGGCUGGCUACAGGCCUGCCUUAGCAUUCAUUGUACCUAGAAACAGCAGUCGAACAUAUGUUGUAUGUUUUGCAUAUUUCACAAAUAUGUAGGGUGAAGCACAUUUUCCCAUUGAGUCCAGCCCGAUUCUCACGAGAAAACGUAACUAUUUUACGUUUUGUCAGUUUAGUGGCUAAUUCAUAUGAAUUUUUAUGAGUUCAGUUGUACGAAAAUGUCCAAUUUUAAAAAGUAGGCAUGGCACACAAGCCCAUCCCUAAACCCAACCAUCAUUGGACGAAUGAGAUUGUACGAAUUCCACUAAAUCAAAAAGCUACGAAUUCUGAGAUUGUGUUGGUGAGUCUGUGUUGGUAAGAACAAAUCCCUCUGAAAAAAUCCUUUCGGAAUAUAGAUAUGAAUAUAAAAAUGUAAAGUUUGCUGUAUAAGAGCUGCAGGAUUUUUGGUUCAGUCAAGAAAAAAAAAUAUUUUGACUUAAAUUUUUGCUUUGAAUCUACUGAAGUGAAUUGAUUAAAUGUGAUACAUACAUUGUGAAUCAUACAUUGUGAAUGUUAAACACUUCAGGUCACAACUACAAAAGUGACCAGUGCAUGAAAGCAGUGUUUUUGCCUUAAACCCACAUCAGAGCAUUUUUUUGUGCACAGUGACUGGCAGUAAUCUUCCAGUUGAUAUCUGUCUGUCGUAUUUUUGUGCUCUCAUUAUGCUGCUCAAGAUUUGUCAGACUCGUAAUAAUCUGUAAAGCUGAAUGGUGACCCUUUAGGUCUCUGGUGGCCAGGUUUUAUUUUUAUCUGCUUCCCCAAUCAUAAGUGAGAAAGAAAAACGAUGUGAUUUAGACAGUCUGACAUUCUGCUGAAAUACAGUUUUUGCAUCCUGCUCAUUUAUGUCUGUUUUCAUGUGGACAAACAAAUGUCUCUCAGCGAGAGCCAUAAAAGCAUCUUUACUUGUGCGACAGAAGUCUUUCCAUGUAUUUUAUAAUAGUGAUUUAUUGUAUAGCGCUGUGUGAAAAUGUACAUGGGUUGUGUAACUGUACUCCUGUUGCAUAAAGAUAUUUGUGUAAGAUAUGCUUCUUUCUAGAGAGUAUUUUUAGUCAGAAACCUUUAGGUGUCAAAAGUACAUGAAUAUUUUCUAGCAUGUAAAUGCAUGCUUCUUGUACCUCAGUGUGAAUUGCUGUUUUUUGACAGUAUAUUGUGGAUGUUGUCAAAAAUAUAUAUACAGAAAUGUUUUUAUUACAUUA